CGGAGACCCAGGCAGGCUGUCCUGCUUGGGCUCGGGCUCCGGCGCCGGCCAGGCCCAACCGCUGGGAACGGAGCUGAGGAGGCCGAGUCGUGAAAAGAGAAAACUGAAGGACAGACUUUCAAGAUGAGCAAAAAGCCCCCAAAUCGUCCUGGAAUCACUUUUGAGAUUGGUGCUCGUUUGGAGGCACUGGACUACUUACAAAAAUGGUACCCAUCAAGAAUUGAAAAAAUAGACUAUGAGGAGGGUAAGAUGUUGGUCCAUUUUGAACGCUGGAGUCAUCGUUAUGAUGAGUGGAUUUACUGGGAUAGCAAUAGAUUGCGACCUUUGGAAAGACCAGCACUAAGAAAAGAAGGACUGAAAGAUGAAGAAGAAUUUUUUGACUUUAAAGCUGGAGAAGAAGUUCUGGCACGUUGGACAGACUGUCGAUAUUACCCUGCAAAGAUUGAAGCAAUUAACAAGGAAGGAACAUUUACAGUACAAUUCUAUGAUGGAGUGAUUCGAUGUUUAAAAAGAAUGCACAUUAAAGCCAUGCCAGAGGAUGCCAAAGGGCAGUUUCUGUUCCAGGUGAAAUCCCAGCAUCCACUAAGCUGGUGUUGUCCUAUCGACCCAGCUGGAGCGUGGAACCAGUCUGUGGGAAGUCAGGAUUGGAUAGCUUUAGUCAAAGCAGCAGCUGCUGCAGCCGCCAAGAACAAAACAGGGAGUAAGCCUCGAACCAGUGCAAACAGCAAUAAAGAUAAAGAAGAAAGAAAAUGGUUUAAAAUAUCUUCAAAGAAGGAAGAAACUUCAACCUCUACAGCUAUACAAGAAAUUGAGAAAAAGGAAGAACUGCCAACAUCUAGUGAAACAUUUGUAGGUCUCCACGUAGAGACUCUUCCAAAGAUGGUCUUUCCACAACCAGAGAGCACAUUAUCGCACAAGAGGAAAAGCAAUCAAGGCAACUCUUUUCAGGCAAAGAGAGCUCGUCUUAACAAGAUUACUGGUUUGUUGGCAUCCAAAGCUGUUGGAGUGGAUGGUGCUGAAAAGAAAGAAGACUGCUGCAGUGAAACGGCUCCAAUGCUGGAGCAGGAGAUUUCACCUAAACCUCAAAGUCAGAAAAAAAAUGAAGCUGACAUUAGCAGUUCUGCCAACACUCAGAAACCUGCACUGUUAUCCUCAACUUUGUCUUCAGGGAAGGCUCGCAGCAAGAAAUGCAAACAUGAAUCUGGAGAUUCUUCUGGGUGUAUAAAACCCCCUAAAUCGCCACUUUCCCCAGAGUUAAUACAAGUCGAGGAUUUGACGAUUGUAUCUCAGCUUCCUUCUUCAGUGAUUAAUAAAACUAGUCCAUCACAACCUGUGAAUCCCCCUAGACCUUCCAAACAUAGUGAGCGGAGAAGAAGAUCACAGCGUUUAGCCACUUUGCCGUUGCCUGAUGAUUCUGUAGAAAAGGUUUCUUCUCCCUCUCCAAUCACUGAUGGAAAAGUGUUCUCCAUCAGUUCUCAAAAUCAGCAAGAGCCAUCAGUACCUGAGGUACCUGAUGUUGCUCAUGUAUCACUUGAGAAGCUUGGACCCUCUCUCCCUCUUGACUUAAGCCGUAGUUCGGAGGUUACAGCACCCGUAACCACAGAAUCCUCUUUUAAUGAGUACCCCAGUACAGAAAAGGAAGAUAUACAGAUGAUUUCAUAUCAUUCUUCCAAAGCAGUAACUGAUGGAAGAGUAGCUUCAACAGUGUCAGGAGUAUUGAAAACAGAAAAAAAAGUGAAAUUGGAAGAGAAAAGUUCAACGACAUUUGGUAAGAAGAAGGAAAAGGAUAAAGAGAGAAAAGAGAAAAGAGAUAAAGAUCAUUUUAGGCCAAAACAAAAGAAAAAGAAGAAGAAAAAAAAGAAAUCCAAACAGCAUGACUAUUCAGACUAUGAAGACAGUUCUCUAGAAUUUUUGGAAAGGUGCUCCUCUCCACUCACUCGGUCCUCCGGGAGUUCUCUGGCUCUGCGAAGCAUGUUCACGGAGAAAAAUACGUCAUAUCAAUAUCCAAGAGCUAUUUUAUCUGUUGAUCUUAGUGGAGAAAAUUUGUCAGAUGUUGAAUUCUUAGAUGACUCUUCAACUGAAAGUUUACUUCUGAGUGGUGAUGAGUACAAUCAGGACUUUGAUUCCACUAAUUUUGAAGAGUCUCAAGAUGAAGAUGAUGCCCUUAAUGAAAUUGUCAGGUGUAUUUGUGAAAUGGAUGAAGAGAAUGGUUUUAUGAUUCAGUGUGAAGAGUGCCUAUGUUGGCAACACAGUGUCUGUAUGGGAUUGCUAGAAGACAGCAUCCCAGAGCAGUACAUCUGCUAUAUUUGCAGGGAUCCACCAGGUCAAAGAUGGAGUGCAAAAUAUCUUUAUGAUAAGGAAUGGUUGAACAAUGGGCGAAUGUGUGGGUUAUCAUUUUUAAAGGAAAAUUACUCUCAUCUCAAUGCCAAAAAGAUAGUUUCAACACAUCAUCUGCUUGCUGAUGUAUAUGGUGUAACAGAAGUAUUACAUGGGUUACAACUGAAGAUUGGAAUUCUAAAGAACAGGGAUCAUCCUGACCUUCAUCUCUGGGCCUGUUCAGGGAAACGGAAAGACCAAGAUCAAAUGGCUCUUGGGGUAGAGAAAAAAAUGACAGUGCAAGACACUCUUAAUCUGGAAGAACGGACUUGUUCUGCUCAGAAUCAUAAAGAGACUCCUAGUUUGCCCAGGAAAAUGGAAGGAACAUAUAUUACAAGUGAGCACAGUUACCAGAAACCACAAAAUUUUGCUCAGGAUUGUAAAUCUACUGAUCCUAUGAGCUCUGAUGAUGAAGAUGUUAGUAGUUUUGAAGAAGAACAAGAAUUUCAUACAGAAGAUACACAUUGUUUACAGUUUUCCAUAAAAGAAGAUGGUAUGAAUGAACAGAAGAAUUCAUCAGAAGGGAAUACAUUAUUUAUUUAUAAUGAAAAAAGAAAUACAGAAGAAAAAGGAGAUUCUCAUCUUCAGUGGCAACUCAACCUUCUCACACAUAUAGAGAAUGUCCAAAAUGAAGUCACCAACAGGAUGGACCUAAUUGAAAAAGAAGUGGAUGUUCUGGAAAGCUGGCUUGAUUUCACAGGAGAGUUGGAGCCACCAGAUCCUCUUACAAGAUUGCCACAACUUAAACGUCAUAUAAAACAGCUCUUAAUUGAUAUGGGGAAAGUACAGCAGAUAGCCACUCUUUGUUCUGUAUGACAAAGAAACAAGAAAAAGAACAUGAUUGUCUAUAGCAAAAUUUGUUUUUAUUAUCUGCCAGAUUGACAGUGGAUAGUUGAAAGCUUAGUACCUUUUUACUAAGUUUUGAAACUAGCAUUUGUAACAUCAGUAUAAUGGAGACUUGGAGAGGAAUAUGUUGACUAGUCCUAUCAAGGUCAAUUUCUAAAAAAUAUCAAAACAUUUCCUGUGCAAGCUGCAAAUGGUAAUUAUAUGUACUGAGGAUUGGUGAUAUAGAUCAAUACUAAGUAAAAUUAGUUGACUGGAUUUUUCAAAAUUCAUUUACCUGAACCUCAAGAUAUCCAUGAAAAUAAUAUUUUUUAAAAAGUUGUAGUAGUAAGAUGAAAAUUUUACCCACAGCAAAAUUAUAGGAAAAAAACCAACAUUCUUGAAGAAUUCCACUAUAUUGCUAUUGUGACCCAGAUCCAGAAAGAAGUGUUUCUAAUGUAUAAUUUCAGCCACAAAAAAGUUUCUGGUCUAUAAAUUCAUAUAAGAUCAUGAACUAUUUUCCUGAGUGAUAAAACUCCUUAAUCAGUUAAGAUAACACAAGCUUUACUUUGGGGCUGGGUAUAGUGGGCCUAGGGGAAUGUCAAAUUUUGGAAUACUUGUUUUUUUCAAAUGGUAUAUUUUUUAAAAAGAAUGGAAAUCCAGUCUAUAAAAAUGAGAGGUGUAUAGUAGUGAAAUGUGCCAAAUAACAAUGACACCCACUGGAAUGAUAGUUUGACUUGGAAAUUUUUUUCCCUCAAAAUCUGACAGUGGUAGCAGUCCAUCAAAAAUACUUUUGCAUUCACACACAUACACCUUUACUAUGUCUUUUAUGUAUGUGUAAUACAUAUAUGUGCACUUCAUGCACGUGUCUACAUGCAUACAUGUGUACACAUUUCAUAAUGUUUGCAUAUGUGUAACAUGUAUGAUAUCCAUGUGUGUGCUUAUGUACCUGUGCAUAUACAGGUACACACAUUUCUGUUGCAGUAUUCAGGGUUUAAACUAUAUUGGUCCUGAAUUUAUGUACUUGGUUAGAAACAAACUAAAUAACCUCAGCUGGGAUGAGGAAUAAUGACAGCAUUAAGCCAGUUUGUGACUAUGGUUUGCUAAAUAGAUAAAAUAUGGGGGCAAUUUGGUAAUUGAAAGAUGUUUUUAUUUAAAAUCUUUUUAAGUGUUGGUCACGAAUGGACAAACUCUAGAAACCAAAGGCAACUUAGUUGCCAGUUAGCUCUUGCUGGAUUUUGAGCUUAGGUUCACUAUGUGCCAGUGCUCAUCCACAUUGUUUGCUGCACCCAGUGCUACAUAUACAUGUAUGUGUGCCUGUAUGCUUGUUUUUAAACAUACACUCACAUACAUAUGUACAUAACCUAUACAUAUUUAUAUCUACACAUGUCUAGUUUUAUUACCAUAGACUAUAAGAAUUGAUGGUUAACAUUAAAUGUUGCCUUUUAACAGAAAGUUUCUAAAAAUUAAAAAUGUAUGUACAGGUUUUGAAAUUUGUAAAAAAACAAAAAUUAAAAAGACUGUUAAAGGGAGGCUGUUUAACUAAUGCUAUUAAGAUACUUGAACAUUUUAUGCCUCACUACUGUUUAUCAGUUCUAGUGAUCUGUAUAAAUGCAUUUUGGAACCGAUAGAUGGUCAACUUGAAUUUACCUUUGAAAAGAGUACACACCACUGUACAUUCAAGAUUUAUUUAAAUUUGCAAAAACACUGUUCUAUAUGUAAGGUACUGUAUGUAAAACUCUUUAUUAAAACUAUUCCACAUAUUCUCCAUUUCCACUUUUCGUUUUGCUCCCUUAUAUUCUGAGUGACUAAAAUAAUGUGUAGUCACAGAAUGUUUUUGUUGCCUUUUGAGAUUCUUAAAUUUUUAAAAUGUGCCAAAGAUAAUCAAUCGUACAAUAUGUGUUUCGGUAUGUUGCAUUGACUAUGUCAUAAAGUUGUUAAUGAAUAGUUAAUAGCUUUAUCAGAGAUGGCAUUGCCAGAUAACUGCUAAAAAAAAAAAAAGUGUUUUUAUUAAAGUAACAUAUUAGUGCCUAUCUUCUAUGUCUGGAAUAAAUUGUUAGUGUUAGUAUUUCAAGACUAAUAGUAGACCUUUUGUUUGUGUUUAAGAAGUAAUAGUUCUCAUCUUUCUCCUUUCUUUUUUUUUGGCUGUGAUGCUGACAACAUGUAUUUUAUUGUAUUAUCAAAUGAAUACUGGUUGCCCUGGACAACUGAGAAGACCUAAUUGUCUAUCAUAUUAUACCCUCUUUUUUCUUUAAGAAUUGGAACCAAAAGUGUUGUUAUCCUCUUUUUAAUUUUUUGUCCCAUACACAAAAGCUCAUUAUACAAAUAGUGAUGCUUAUCUUCUCAGGCAUCUGAUCCUCAAGUUGAAAUCCUAUUGACCUAGCAACUACUGAAAUAAAAAUCCCAUUUAUAAUAACUGCUAAGACUUUAGCUGAAAAUAAUUUAUUGAAAUUCUAAGCUAGGCUUUUUGAAUUUAUCUGUGAAUCAGUUCAUAUAUCCAUUCAUUCAUUUAACAAACAUUUAAGUACCUAUUAUCUAUAAAUCACUAAGCUAAAUGUUUGGGGAGAGAAAAAUAGUGAAUGGCCUCUGUUCUCAAGAGGCUUUUGAUAUAGUAUGUUGGUAAGUUAAGAUAUCUAAAUAGCCAUAAUAUAAAGUUAAGUAUAAAUAUGUAAUAGAGAUACAGGCACUUAGUAAUGAGAAAUCAUUGGAGUAUUCACCUUGUGCCAGGGAUCUAAUAUAAAAAAGUUCUCCAUGACCUGAAAGCACUGGCAAUGGCUUGCAACACGGUCAUGGAAAAGCACUGGGCAUGCUCAAGUGUCAGAAAGUAAUCCAAAUCCACGGUGGCGUAGAAUAUAAAAUAUAACAUGCUAAGGCAUGUCUUGGAAAGGGUUGAUGCCUUUGUGUAAUUUUCCCAUCAGAUUGAAACAUUUAUGAGUAUUGGGAAGCCACUGAAAGAUUUGGAGAGAAGAAAUAAGAAUUUUGAAUUAGGAAGGCUCAUAUGAUAGAAAACACAGUGUAUACAUAACUGUCCUAAAAGGUAGGAAGAACUAAGCUGAAAUCCUGCAUCUGACAUUAUUGAUUCUCAACCAUAAUCUCUCACUAUUUUAGGCAACUCCAUUAGACUAAUUUCAGAGAAGAUGAUGCUAUCUGCAUUGGUAGAGGAAGUUUCCUAAUUCAGGACUUUCCUCUAUCACUGAAAUCACAGAUUCAGUUCACAUCCCUAUUUCUAAGAUGACAGUAUAAAACUGAUUCAUUGAAGCACAGACUGGUGUCUGCAUUGCUCUGAAUGCUGGGAACAAAGUAUAAAUUACAUUCUUGAAAAAUAAUCUUUCUAUAGAAUCAGCUUCAGGGAAUUUAAAAACCAUUUGAAGGAUACUUCAUAUUUCAGGGAGAGGAAUGAAACAAAAAUUUUCCAAUUGACACAUUUACAUAGAGUAUUAAUUUUCUAUUUUUCUGUACUUAUAGACCGUGUCUAUGGAAAACAUUGGAGGAAGCAUUUGUACAUUUUACAAAUGAUAAAAGUCUUCUAAGAUUUAUAUCUUUUCCCAACCUAGUAAAUUAGAAGUAGGGGUAAUUUAAUACUGUAGGUGAGUGUCUGAAGAAUUGUGGUUGGGGAGGGAGGGGUCUUUUACAGAUUUUUCUUCAUUAUUAUUUUCAAAUGAAACAGUCUCCUGAAAUAGUCUUAAAUUAGGAAGCUUUUGUCUUAGCCCUUCAGACUAUUCAUAAGUAUUGGAGAAAAUUUAACUCUACAUAUUAUAGAUAAAUCUUAGCCAUCAGUUAUUGUCACAUAUGUGAAUUCUGGCAGUAGUAAUUCAUUUUAAAGGUCAAGUGUUGAAUUUAUGAUUCCUCCACUGUAUUUCAGAGUUCAUUCUUGUGGCUUGAAGAAACACCUCUCAUAUUCAGUUCUGUGUCCACAUGUACACAGGGCAUUGAUAAACUAGACAGUCCAGAGAAGGGCCAUUAUGAUGCUGACCUUCAGAUCCUGCAGUAUGAAGAUUAUUUUAAAAAACUGUAGGUGGUAGGCUUGAAGAAGAGAAGAUUCUAGAAGAAUAUAGUUGUGGUAGGCUUGAAGAAGAGAAGAUCUAGAAGGAUAUAGUUGUUCUCUUCAAGUAUUUUCUAAAGAGGGGUCUAUUUUUCUCUGCUUUCCCUUAGAGGGAAGAAUCAGACACAAUGAGUGUCAACAAAGAGGCACAUUUAGUCUUUAUGAAAAAAAAAAAAAAACUUCCUAACAGAGCUGACAAAAAUAGAAUUGUCUUCCUUGGGAGUUUGUAUUUUUCCCCCUUAGCAGAAGUUCUUAAGGGUAUGGGAGAGAGAGUCUUGGUUCAAUAGUAUUGAGAUCCCUGCCAACUUUGAGUCUCUUGUCUCUUGAUCCAUCUCUUCAACUUGGAAGUCUGAAUCUGAUUGGCUACAAUCUUGUCAACAUGAUCAAAACCUUGCAAAAAAAAAAAAAA